AUGGAUAAUUAUAAAAGAUUUUUAAAAAUUACACAGAGUGGAAUAUUUGAUGAAAAUACUAUAAAAGAAAUGGAGGUGGUUGUUAAUGAGUUAUCAAAUGCUCCCAGUUGUUUAGAAUUAUAUAACAGUGAGAUGUUAAAAGAUAGUAACGUACUCUUUUAUACUGUAGGAAUACUGAGAUUGAGAAUUAAUAGAAAGAAGUACGAUUUAGAGUCUCUUAGAGAAGAAGUUGAGGUUGUUAAUAGGAUGAUUCAGGAGAAUAUCAGUUAUCAAUUGAUAGAUGUUUUUGUUGAUUUAGGACUUUACUGUUGGCCAAUGCUUAUGAAUAAUUUCUUUGAUGUGAUGUUAAUUAAGUUGAAAGAAAACCCAGAAGUAGGUUACAGGAUUUUUUUAACUUUCUUAGAGAAAUUAAAUUAUUCUGAAAGUUUAUCAAAACCCAGAAAAGCAGAACUUAAGACAUCUGUGAGAUAUGUAGUUGGAUCAUUUAUGAGUCAAAUGGAUGAGAGGUAUGCACAAUAUAUUAUACCUACUAUGAAAGAGUUACUGAAGAUUAUGCCUAAAGAACUUGAUUUUACUUUUGUUUAUAGUAACGCACAUUUAUUUCCUGAUAAGGCUAUUUCGUUAUUUGAUGAGGGGUGGGAUUUUAUUGAUAUUAACAAAUUAUUUGAAAUUUUACCUAAAAUGCCAUCAAGUCCUUUACUUACUUGUAAUUUUGUUGAGUGUGCUAAAUACACAUCUCAACACUUAUUUCAAUACAUGUUUUCUUGUAUAAAAAAUGAGGAGUGUUUUUUUGAUUGUUGUGUAUUUUGGAAAAAGGUUUUUGUUUUGAAUACAAAUUUGGAAGUUUCUAAUUAUGUUAAACCAAUUUUAAGUGAGAUUAUUUUAAUGUAUAAUCAAUUAGGACAGACUGAUGAAGAAGAAUCUGCUAUACUUGCUUUAAUAUCUUCCACACUAAAAGUAUAUCCUGAACAAGUUGCUUCACUUUGUAAGGAAAGUAGUUCUUUUAUUAAUUUGAGAUUUUCUCUGUUUAUUUUAAAUAAUUUAAAUAAAUACAAGCCUGAGUUAUUAAAACACUUAAAAGGAUUUAAUAACCCACUUUUAGAUGGAACAGUUUGUUUUUAUCUUAAAGAUCCAGCUACACCUGAAUUUAUUCCUUUACUUAAUUAUAACGAAAAAGAUGCUAUUAAGUUAUUAAUUAACAUCUUGUAUACUUAUCAGUUUACACCUAUUCAAUAUAAAGAGAUUUAUAAACUCACUGAACAGUUUACUGGUACUGAAGAAUUACAUUCUUUAAUUGAUUUUAAAUUAGGAAAUCUUAUUUCUUUUGAUUGUGUGUGGACUAAAAAAAUUGCUAUUAAAUACUUUUAUUAUCUAAAGAAGGAUAGAGAAUAUUAUUCAAAUUAUAAGGAGAUGUUUUAUAGAUUCUUUAUUAAUAAUGUACCAUUUGAUAGGUGUUUUUUAGUAUUGAAGCUUUUAGGGAAUAUUCCAGAUGAAAUAUUAAAUGUUAUUUAUAUUAAAUUUGAUACAUUUCCUUUAAUGUAUAUUGGAUGUUUUAAUAAUGAAUUAUUACCUUAUUUGGAUAGUAGUAAUAUAAAUGUGUUUAUAAAAAAGGAAAUUGAUUAUUUUGUAAGAACAUGGGAUACUGUAAUUGAUUUUAAUGAAUACAAUAAGUCACUUAAGAUACUUAUUAAUCAAAUGAAUAACUUAUCGGCAAAAAUCAAUAAUUUCCAAAAUAACUUGACUGUUCUAAUGCAGAUUGAUCAUCCUUCAGUGGUUUUUCGUUUGUUAAAUAUGUUUAAUAGUGGAAGUGAUGAUUUUGAUACUUUACAGGGUGUCUUUAACUUAAUAACAAUUUAUAAUUCUCCAAAUUUGUAUUUAUCUCAGUCAUUAGCUGUAAAUGGUUUAGUUAAAUGUUUAUGUAAAGAUGAUGGACCUGAAGCUUUUGUUAGAAUUUUAGGUUUAGAUAUAAACACUUGUUUGGAGGUAAAAAAGAAUUUAAUUAAAAUUCCUAAAAAGACAGGUAGUUCUCUUAUUAAAGAUUUAGUUAAAAACUAUAAAGCUACACCUUAUAAUAAAAUGUAUAGUAACAAUGUUAAAAUAGCUAAACAGGGGUUAUUUAAUAAAGAAAAGAAUAAUAGUGUUGAUAGUGUAGACAUAUCUGAAUUUACUAAAUAA